ACAGCAUUGGAACACAUUUGCAUAGAUUUAUGAACUUCCCAGCAGCAUGAGGGGCCCGGUCACAGGCAUCGGCGCAACCUCUCAAGUGCCUCGACCAACAGUCAUGGAAGACUCGGAAGAAGGCUACGAGGUGAGAACUCCGCGAAGUUUUGAUGGGCAGGUGGAUGUGGAUCAGGACCUCUACCCGCUUUGCAUCGUUUGGACGCCAAUCCAUGGGUGCACCUGGUGUUUCCCCUUCGUAGGUCACAUGGGCAUUGGGACUGCAGACGGCCAGGUCAUGGAAUUCAUGGGCUUCGGCGCAACAAAAGCGCCCCGAGGUGGCCUUUCUUUUGGACCAGUUUGUCGGUAUGUUCAGCUGAGCACUCGCAAGGUUAGAAAAGGGACGUGGGACGAUGCAAUUCACACAGCGACCAUCAAGGUGGAAGGGCGUCCUCACGGUGGUUGCAUUUCAAAUUGCCACUCUUUUGUGGCUGAUUGUUUGCAUGAGAUGAGGUAUGCUGGUGUGCCUUGCUGGAACUGGUUGCCGCAUUCUGAACUUCAGCAGGGCGUUGUCGAGAGGCUUAUGUCAACAGCCAUUUUUGCCGGAGACAGGUCUUAUGUCUUGGCUGUUUGGGUCUUUGUGUUUGGCCACUUUACAACCUGCCCUCGCACCGCAGUCUACGUGAUUCCUGUUGCCUUUGUGCUUGCCAUCCUUUACUUCUUAUGGAAAUAGCACACCCGGUGUGGCAGAAAA